AUGAGUGCGCAUGCUUCUUCCGGGUCUCCCCUUGGGAAAAUUUGCGAACCUGCUCGUGCGUGCGGAGCAGUGCCACAAGACAUGUCUCCAGAGCUGCAAGAUCAGCUCCUUAACAAGGAUGACUGUACUAUUUCAGUGGGGAUGAACAGCAUUACGAGCCUGCAAGUCGAUCUCCUCCAAAAGGAGGAGAACGUCUUGAUGUUGCGGCAUUUGUUGGAGGAAGAACAGAGUGAGUGCGCACCAGGUGGCGUGUGCGAGCGCCAACGCAAAGAGUACGACAUGCAGGCUGAGCGCUUCACCAACUCAGAGAUGCAAAAGUUGGCGUCGCUCGUCGAACACAUGUUAGUCCAAGUUGAUACCAAAAUGAGGACCGUCGUGGAUGAGGCGAUUGCUGUCAUCUCUGUGAUUGCUCGGAAGUGGAGAUGCGGAGACCUACAAGCCAUGUUCGAGAAGAAGUCCCUUAGUCAUCUCCUGCUGGCUCGUCUUUCGUUGCUGGAGUGUGCUGAUGCAGUGGAAAACGCAGUGUGUUUCCACGGCAGCGUUUUCGCAGAAAACGGAACAGCCGACGCUAAAGUAACCCGCGGCAGAGCACAAGGGCAGCGCAUGCCAGGUGAUGAGGGCCGCCCGCCUGCUCAACCACAGAGUGAAGAGCAGCGCGCCUGGGUGUUUGUUUCCGAAGAAAAGCAAAUUCACGAUGGCCAGACGAACAACGUUCAAUGCAUUCCUACACAUAAGGAAACUAACGCACUUGCCUUCGAAGAAUGCGCCCCAAUGCCGAGUCUUAUGACUAAAAGCUCUUCCACGCCACCAGCCGUACCGACCACGGCUGUGGCAAAUGCCAUGGGCGUUCCCCGCAGGAAGGCUCAAACGCUUCUAGUGGGUAAGAAUCUCCUUCAACGCGGGAACGAUCUGCGUGCUGCUCGACCGAUAUUGCGCCGUGCCAAGUCGGACAGUUCGCCUGCUACGCCACAUCAGCAGAUGCCAGGGUGGCGCUCAGCUCGUUCCACUGUGUGCCAGUGUGUUGCCAGAGAUAUGAAAGCUGUCGGCAAUGGAGCAGCCUCUUUCAUUUCAGCCUUGCGUGUGGUUGAGGGGACCCUCGCUUUCACCAGCAGACACAGCUGCAGCGGGAGCGCCACCGGUGCAGAAACGAAACACGCACACAUGCCAACCCAUUCGUCCUUUAACUCUGGAAGCAGUAAUGGAACCAGAGCAGUUCCAGCGAAGAGUCAUCUAGCUUCGCUGCGUAGAAAGGCAUCAGUCGUGGAGAAAAAAAUGAUGAACAACCACAAAAUCUGCACAGUUCAGGCGGCGACGUCCGGUCCCCGAAUAGCGUGCAGCGCCACCGGAUAUGGGCAAGGGUUCGCGCGAAAGAAUAGCCAAGCUCCUGUUUCCAUCAAGGCAAGUAAUAGAUGCAGGGCUCUUGGGGUGGCAUCGUCGAAGAGGGAGACUGCCACUGCAUCCGAGACUCCUCUCGUUCUCCGAAACAAAGCUGGUAAUUGCGAGCCGAUGGACAUACCUGGCCAGAACAGCGCGACAGCACUGGCUUCGAGGCAGGCAAGGGGAGCAGCUAGCAUCUCAGAUCAGGGAUUUAAAACCAAGCCUGCGGCACCGGAAGCCAACAGGGAAAGUGGUAACGCCAGCAGUGCCCCUGAUAUUGGGGCUGCAUACACGCCACGCGCCGCGGGUCGUACAGCGUGUGUUGCCUUAGCCACCAGAGCCGUGCGCACAGCGGCCAUGCUCUGUAACGGCGUUUCUCUGACUCCCUCCGCUACCGGUAACCGGCGCGCGCUGACUCACUCGCGCAGUUCACCUCCCGAAGCGACCGCUGGCCAAAGUGAAGACUCAAUAGGUAGCUGUCAGCGGCAUCUGGCAAACCCGGGGCCCCAGCAAGUGUCUCCUCCCACAGUCAUGCCAACCAUCCAAGCGCAGCUCAGCACACGGAGCCGGCAGACCCCCGGACAGCAUGGAGCACACUCUGGGUUGUCUCCGGCUGCGGUGUCCUGUCCGUUGCCGAAUAUUGGGUGUUUGGCUCAUGAGGAAUCAGAGAAAGCGGAGACAGCUGCAUUGUCGCGCGGUGACUGGCCGCAGCACGACCUCGAGGAUAAGUGCAGUGCAAGCCCCAAAACUCGCACGCCUGUCGCCCCAAGCAUUUCAGCCUUUGGCAGUCACCCGAUGACUCCUCGGUCGGAAAGGUUCGACUCGCUGGCAAGCGCCACUUCAUCGUUCAGUAGUCGAGACACAUUUUACCUCAGUCCGAGUGGAUCAUCAACAGAUGGUAUAAUCGACGAUUUGGAACCAACGAGUCCCCUUCCUCGUUUAAACAUGCCCCCGUCGAACACGUUUGUACCCCCAUUCCCCAACGGGUUGUCGCCCCUGCAUGCCAGACCAUGCCCUAACUCUGAGUUAUGGGCAACACCUUCGCUCUGCUUUGUUCCGGCGUCUUCCGUCGUCUCUCCCCUUGCAGGCGAUCCUCUUUCGCCCAGUCGCGGCGGCUACCACGAUCGUGCACGCUCCCCCUCCAGAGUUGUGAACAACCCGGAAUCUCUACAAGUUUCUCUACAGCCUCCCAGCCCAAUUCAGAUGCGCUCCCCAGGUGCCGCAUAUCCAGCCGCACACACGGUAAUACCCACAAUCAUGAAGAGCGGACCCACUGGCGCGAGGACAUCACGGCUCCUCAAGCCGGCUUCCCUGUGCUCCGUCGCGGCCGCGAACUUAUCAAAAUUAUCCGUGGACACCAGAACUUUCGACGCUGGCAAAGCUACGACAAACGUAUGCCGAUCCACCAACACGACUCGGGUGCGAUCCGUCGGGCCUGCGAGCACUUCGAAAUUAUCUGUGAACACCAGAACGGUCGACUCUGGCAAAGCUAUGACAAACGUAUGCCGAUCCACCAACACGACUCGGCUGAGCUCUAGCGAGGACACCGGCACUGCAAAGCAGCCCGUCAACACCAAAAAUAUCAACGCUGGCAAUGCGAACGCAAAUUUAUUACCGGCCUCCCGUUCAUCUCGGACUGGCUGCCUCGCUGCCGGCGGACUUUCGACCCAAUCCAUCGACACCCUAGCCCUCGACGCUAGCAAGAUGAACUCUAAUACCAAGCAGCCUCCCACUCGAAAUCGGCUGCGCUCCGUCAAUCCCGCUCGCGCAGCUAAGCAAUCCGUGAAUUCCAUAAACCGCCACGCUGGCCAUGCUAAAACAAAUAUGUCACAGGCUGCCAGCCCAUCUCAGAGAGGCCUCCUCGCCGCCGCCGAACACUCCACACAGCCCACCAACCUCAAAACCCUCGACGCUGGCACAUCCAGCUCAACUACAUGGCAGACCACCAGUCGACCGCGGCUACGCUCCGUCGAGGCCGCGAGCAUACCAAAAAUAUCUGUGAAUGCCAGAACCCUCGCUGCUGGCAACGUCACCGCAAACGUAUUCCAACCCGCCAACACGACUCGGCUGAGCUCCGUCGAGCCCGCGAGAACUUCGAAAUUAUUCACCAGCACCAGAACCCCCGACGCUGGCAAAGCUAAGACAAAUGGAGUACAACCUCCUGACCCAACACGGCUGCGUUCCUUCGAGCUCGCGACAACUCCGAAAAAAUCCUUGAACACCAGAACUCUCAACGCUGGCAGCGCCAACACAAAUGUAUUACAACCUCCGAACACGGUUCGGCUGCGAUCCGGCGAGGCCGCCAGCACAGCAAGUCUGUCCGUCGACGCCAGAGCGCUGAACGCUGGCAAGUCUGACUCCAAAACGUUGUGGGCCGCUACUUCAUUUCAGACUAGGUCCCGUUCCGCCGGCAGCGGAGCGAAACAGUCCGUCCGCGUUAGACUCGUCAACACCGCAGACGCUGACGUAGUUUCAUCGCCGCCUGCCAGUACAACGUGGAUCCGCCCGGACGAGACCGUCCGUAUCUCCGCAGAAUCUUAUUCUUCCCUAGUGCUCACAAACGAAAAUGAUGUAUCUCCUUCUCCACACGCGACAACGACGCAGCUGCGAUCCUCGAGACCAACACAUGUUACUGCGAAUCAACUGGAUGCAGCAAGCAGCCGUUGCGGAACCGUUCAAUCGGUAAGUGAGUCCUCGCUUUCCCCCGCGUCAACACCUCUCGCUCCUCUUUCCGGAUCUCGCAACAUCACGCCUUAUGGAAGUGGGGAUACACACGAGGUGGUUCAGCCGCAGCCGCAAUACAGACACACCCCGCUUGACUGCAGCAGCCGUGAACACAAACUCAGCCAGCCUAACACGUCGACGCCCCCCGCCUCCCACCCCCUCUCGCAAGCCACGCCGCUCCCUCCUCCAGUCAAUACCCGCCGCCCUUUGCCGGCUGCGCAGAGGGUCACAGACGAGCUGACCCUGCCGCAACAGCAACAGACCACCCCGCCUCACGACUUGGUCUACUGGGAAAUGCCACCGCUCCCACUCAGCACCACGCCGCCGCCAACGUGGUGUCUGAGUAGCAGCGGGGGACCGCCCACCAACCAGGGUUUGGCUCAUCACGACUCCUCGGGCACAGUCGACAGUGUCAACCACACCGCCCCAGACGACGCGCACCACACCCGCAAUUCGGCCCCCGGCCUUGCGAACAACUCUGGACUCGCCGCGCCUUCGUGCCGCCAGCCUGUGGACGAAGUAACCCAGCCGAUCCUGUCUACGCUCCGAGACUCCCACCUCCUGUCACACCCCGCGCCGCUCCCUCCUCCCGUCAAUACCCGCCGCCCUUCGCCUGCUGCGCAGGGGGUCACAGACGAUCUGACCCCGCCGCAACAGCAACGGACCACCCCGCCUCACGACUUAGUCUACUGGGAAAUGCCACCGCUCCCACUCAGCACCACGCCGCCGCCAACGUGGUGUCUGAGUAGCAGAGGGGGACCGCCCACCAACCAGGGUUUGGCUCAUCACGACUCCUCGGGCACAGUCGACAGUGUCAACCACACCGCCCCAGACGACGCGCACCACACCCGCAAUUCGGCCCCCGGCCUUGCGAACAACUCUGGACUCGCCGCGCCUUCGUGCCGCCAGUCUGUGGACGAAGUAACCCAGCCGAUCCUGUCUACGCUCCGAGACUCCCACCUCCUGUCACACCCCGCGCCGCUCCCUCCUCCCGUCAAUACCCGCCGCCCUUCGCCUGCUGCGCAGGGGGUCACAGACGAUCUGACCCCGCCGCAACAGCAACAGGCCACCCCGCCUCACGACUUGGUCUACUGGGAAAUGCCACCGCUCCCACUCAGCACCACGCCGCCGCCAACGUGGUGUCUGAGUAGCAGAGGGGGACUGCCCACCAACCAGGGUUUGGCUCAUCACGACUCCUCGGGCACAGUCGACAGUGUCAACCACACCGCCCCAGACGACGCGCACCACACCCGCAAUUCGGCCCCCGGCCUUGCGAACAAAUCUGGACUCGCCGCGCCUUCGUGCCGCCAGCCUGUGGACGAAGUAACCCAGCCGAUCCUGUCUACGCUCCGAGACUCCCACCUCCUGUCACACCCCGCGCCGCUCCCUCCUCCCGUCAAUACCCGCCGCCCUUCGCCUGCUGCGCAGGGGGUCACAGACGAUCUGACCCCGCCGCAACAGCAACAGGCCACCCCGCCUCACGACUUAGUCUACUGGGAAAUGCCACCGCUCCCACUCAGCACCACGCCGCCGCCAACGUGGUGUCUGAGUAGCAGAGGGGGACUGCCCACCAAUCAGGGUUUGGCUUGGCACGACUCCUCGGGCACAGUCGACAGUGUAUGCUUUGCCGACCACGGCCUUCACCGACACGUCAUGGCUUCUGGCGCAGACACGGCGUCUAUGCCUGGUCCCUUGUCUCUGGCUGUGUGUCCCACACGGCAUGAAUCUGCACGCUGGCCUCGAGGGGAACUGGCGAGCCAACGAGAGCCGGCGGACUGGCCGCUGUUUCAGCUGCCGGCCCAGAGUUGCAUGAGCCUUCCUCAACGUCUCAUAAAUCCGAGCCCCCUCCCUUCGUGGCAGCCAGGCGCGACUCAGCAGUUUCAGCGACCCCCCGCUAUACCAGUGCAGUCGUCCCAGCACGUGUUCGUUGACGCGCGCGUCUCUGUCCGCACUCCUGAGCACACGAUGUAUUGGUCGGCAACUGUUGCCGACCAACCCAUGUUGUCACGGGGACCACAAGGGGUUGAGCAGUAUAUCUUUGUCCACCAAGGUUCUGCGCCAGCGUGA